AUGGCCUGCAUGAUGAACGUCCACAAGCGCUGCGUGAUGAACGUCCCCAGCCUCUGCGGCACAGACCACACGGAGCGCCGCGGCCGCAUCUACAUCCAGGCCCACAUCGAGAGGGAGGUCCUUAUCGUUGUCGUAAGAGAUGCUAAAAACCUUGUACCUAUGGACCCUAAUGGCUUGUCAGAUCCUUACGUGAAACUGAAACUGAUUCCUGAUCCCAAGAGUGAGAGCAAGCAGAAGACCAAAACCAUCAAGUGCUCCCUCAACCCUGAGUGGAACGAGACAUUUAGAUUCCAGCUGAAAGAGUCGGACAAAGACAGAAGACUGUCUGUAGAGAUUUGGGAUUGGGAUCUGACCAGCAGGAAUGACUUCAUGGGAUCUUUGUCAUUUGGGAUUUCUGAACUGCAGAAAGCUGGUGUUGAUGGCUGGUUUAAGUUACUGAGCCAGGAGGAGGGCGAGUACUUCAACGUACCUGUGCCGCCGGAAGGCAGUGAGGGCAAUGAGGAACUGCGGCAGAAAUUUGAGAGGGCCAAGAUCAAUCAGGGGACCAAGGCUCCUGAAGAAAAGACGACUAACACCAUAACCAAAUUGGACAACAACGGGAACAGGGACCGGAUGAAACUGACCGAUUUCAACUUCCUGAUGGUGCUUGGAAAAGGCAGCUUUGGCAAGGUCAUGCUCUCAGAGCGGAAGGGCACAGAUGAGCUGUACGCCGUGAAGAUCCUGAAGAAGGACGUGGUGAUCCAAGAUGACGACGUGGAAUGCACGAUGGUAGAGAAGCGGGUGCUGGCCCUGCCCGGGAAGCCGCCCUUCCUGACCCAGCUGCAUUCCUGCUUCCAGACCAUGGACCGCCUGUACUUUGUGAUGGAGUAUGUGAAUGGUGGUGACCUCAUGUACCACAUCCAACAAGUGGGCCGGUUCAAGGAGCCUCACGCUGUAUUUUAUGCUGCCGAAAUUGCCAUCGGUCUGUUCUUCUUACAGAGCAAGGGCAUCAUUUACCGGUGA